AAAGUGAUGCUCGGGAAGAGAAAUCUGAGCAGAAAAGGCCCCGUGAUAAUGCUGAUAAUGUUGCUACUGCUCCAUCCACAUCUAAUCCCAACAGCGAUGACAACACAAUACAGUCCACCAACACUGUUGAUGCUGCAAAUGAACCGUCUACCCACACAGCAAAUAACAGUGCUUUGAAUGGGAUAAACUUAAAUGAGGGCCAAAUAAAAGAAGAAACACUAAAUCAUACAAAUAUAAUGAAUGUGAUGGGUCCUGACAGCAGCAUCAUGGUCUCCUACAUGGUCCCUCUUGCACUUCUUGUGGGUGUUGUUGGUUUUGUGGUGGUUCCAUGA